AUGAGCCUCGCAUCCCGCAUCGACCGCAACCCUCUGGAGACAUGUGCCAUCAACAACAGAGCUUCUGCAGCAUACCAGGACUUAUCAACUAUUAUUCUGCCAACUUACACAUUGACCGAGCAUCGCCGACCGAAUCCAUUGCCACCCUUACACCGCAGUAGGCGCCAUUGUCGAUAA